GAAGUGAGAAACAAUAAUGACCGGCAAAACACAGACUAGCAACGUCACCAACAAGAAUGAUCCAAGGUCAAUAAAUUCACGGGUUUUUAUUGGCAAUCUGAACACUGGUAUUGUUAAAAAGAGUGACAUUGAAGGUAUAUUUGCCAAAUAUGGGAAAAUAGUUGGAUGCUCGGUGCACAAAGGAUAUGCUUUUGUACAAUACGUCAGUGAAAGGCACGCAAGAGCUGCAGUGGCUGGAGAAAAUGCCCGGAUUAUAGGAGGUCAACCAUUAGAUAUCAACAUGGCAGGUGAACCAAAACCAUACAGACCAAAACUGGGAAGUAAAAGACCUAUUUCAUCUUUAUACAGCGGCUAUGAGUUUGAUUAUGAUUACUACCGGGAAGAUUUCUACAAUCGGUUGUUCGAUUAUGGACAUGGACGUGUUCCUCCUCCACCCCGUGCUGUCAUUCCUCUGAAACGCCCCAGAAUAACUGUGCCAGCAACACGCAGAGGAAAAGGAAUCUUCUCACUGAAGGGAGCUUCAAGGUCUGCCUCCUCGUCAUCAGGCUCCAAAUUAAAAUCUGAUGAGCUUCAGACAAUCAAGAAGGAACUGACCCAAAUCAAAACCAAGAUCGACUCUUUGCUGGGCAGGCUGGAAAAAAUUGAAAAGCAGCAGAAGGCUGAAGCAGAGAGUCAGAAAAAGCAGCUGGAAGAUCAUUCUGAUUUGGCUCAAGAAGAAUGUAAGUCAGAAACGGCUGAGAAUUCAAUUGAAGAACAUCUUGAAGGAGGGCAUGAUGCCGAUGGAGAAGAGAUGACAGAUGGAAUUGAAGAAGAUUUUGAUGAGGAUGGAAGCAAUGAACUGAUGGAAAAUCACGUAUCAGAUAUUGAAGAUACAAGUAACUGAAAGUAAAUCUUCUGGUAAGUCUUUACACAUAA